CCCUCGCCACCACCACCACCACCACCACCGUCGUCUCCGACUCCGAUCCAUCGAUCCGUGUCCCUCCUCCCUGUUCCUCUCUCCGGUUAAUUAGAGGCAGUAAGCCGGCGAGAGCACGCUCGCAAUGGUGUCGGAGAGGCAGCAGCAGCAGGGGAAGGUGGCCGCCUUCAACCUGGCGGAGUCCGGCUUCGGCGACCAGGCCGACCUGCUCGACGACGACGGGCGCGAGAGGCGCACGGGGACGCUGGUGACGGCGAGCGCGCACAUCAUCACGGCGGUGAUCGGCUCCGGUGUGCUGUCGCUGGCGUGGGCGAUCGCGCAGCUGGGGUGGGUGAUCGGCCCCGUCGUGCUGCUGGCCUUCUCCGCCAUCACCUGGUUCUGCUCCAGCCUCCUGGCCGACUGCUACCGCGCCCCCGACCCCGUCCAUGGCAAGCGAAACUACACCUACGGACAGGCCGUCAGGGCAUACCUGGGGGUGUCCAAGUACCGGCUGUGCUCGCUGGCGCAGUACAUCAACCUGGUGGGCGUGACUAUAGGCUACACCAUCACCACCGCCAUCAGCAUGGGGGCGAUCAAUCGUUCCAACUGCUUCCACAGCAAGGGGCACAGCGCCGACUGCGAGGCGUCCAACACCACCAACAUGAUCAUCUUCGCGGGCAUCCAGAUCCUGCUGUCGCAGCUCCCAAACUUCCACAAGCUCUGGUGGCUCUCCAUCGUCGCCGCCGUCAUGUCCCUCGCCUACUCCUCCAUCGGACUCGGCCUCUCCAUUGCAAAGAUCGCAGGUGGGGUGCACGUCAAGACGUCGCUGACGGGUGCCACCGUGGGGGUCGACGUCACCGCGACCGAGAAGAUUUGGAAGACGUUCCAGUCCCUGGGAGACAUCGCCUUCGCCUACUCCUACUCCAACGUCCUCAUAGAAAUUCAGGACACGCUGCGGUCGAGCCCGCCGGAGAACGUGGUGAUGAAGAAGGCGUCCUUCAUCGGCGUGUCGACGACCACCAUGUUCUACAUGCUGUGCGGCGUCCUGGGCUACGCGGCGUUCGGCAACGACGCCCCCGGCAACUUCCUGACGGGGUUCGGCUUCUACGACCCCUUCUGGCUCAUCGACGUCGGCAACGUCUGCAUCGCCGUGCACCUCAUCGGCGCCUACCAGGUCUUCUGCCAGCCCAUCUACCAGUUCGUCGAGGCCUGGGCGCGCUCCCGCUGGCCCGACAGCGUCUUCCUCAACGCCGAGCACACCGUCGCCGGCGGACUGUUCUCCGUCAGCCCGUUCCGCCUCGUGUGGCGCACCGCCUACGUCGUGGUCACCGCGCUCGUCGCCAUGGUCUUCCCCUUCUUCAACGACUUCCUGGGGCUCAUCGGCGCCGUCUCCUUCUGGCCGCUCACCGUCUACUUCCCCAUCCAGAUGUACAUGGCGCAGGCCAAGACGCGCCGAUUCUCGCCGGCGUGGACGUGGAUGAACGUGCUCAGCUACGCAUGCCUCUUCGUGUCGCUGCUCGCCGCCGCGGGCUCCGUCCAGGGGCUCGUCAAGGACCUCAAGGGCUACAAGCCAUUCAAGGUCUCCUAAAUAAAUUAAGGACUUGCAUGCAUGCCUCUGGACGAUCGAUCGAAGAAGACAUGGCACAUGCAUCUGAUCUGAAUCCGAUCGAGGGCGUGUGAUCGAUUAUUGGAGGUCUCCUAAUAUUAAGUAUAUAUAUUAGCUAGCUGCAGGAAUGAAUUGAACGACGACGACUCUGAAACGUACGAUUAGGUGCAUGCAAUGCAUGUUGCAUGCAUACUAGUCCAAGUGAUGGAUACAUAUAUACUACAGUCAUAUGGGAGCUAGGGUAUCGGAGGAUAUAUAUGGUGGGUCCUGAAACAGGUUAAUUACUUCCAGUGCUGUCAAAUGUCAAUGUUGGUUAAAGUACUACGUAGCCUAAGUAAGUAGUGGUAUGGUUAAUUAAUGGUUUGGGUUUGAACUUUGAAAUGUAUAUGUAAUUCUUAAAUUAAGUGUAAUGGCAGCCUAAUCGAAAUGGAAAUAAGAUUCUAGAACUCAGUUGACUGAAA